AUGGACAAAGAAAACUGUGGUGCUUCAUCCGAACCCGCUGACCUGAAAAUAGCCAAUAUCUCAGUUCAGGUGGUCAGUGUCCCAGGAAAGCUGCCGGGGAGGCGACCGCCUCGAAAACCCAUCAUCAGAGCCAAACCCAACAAACAGUCCAAGAAGAGAAGUGCCUUUUGGAACAUCCAAACUAAAAUCAUUCUCUUCACAGUGUUUUUAUUCAUCCUAGCAGUCAUCGCCUGGACACUUCUGUGGCUCUAUAUCAGUAAGACAGAAAGCAGAGAUGCCUUUUAUUUUGUUGGAAUGUUUCGCAUCACCAACAUUGAGUUUCUUCCCGAGUACCGCCAGAAGGAGUCCAGGGAAUUUCUUUCAGUGGCAAGGACUGUGCAGCAUGUGGUAAACCUUGUUUAUACGACAUCUGCCUUCUCCAAAUUUUAUAAGCAGUCAGUCGUGGCAGAUAUCAGCAGCAACAACAAAGGUGGCCUCCUUGUCCACUUUUGGAUUGUGUUUGUCAUGCCACAUGCCAAGGGCCACAUCUUCUGUGAGGACUGUGUGGCAGCCAUCUUGAAGGACUCCAUCCAGACCAGCAUUAUAAACAGGACCUCUGUGGGAAGCUUGCAGGGUCUGGCUGUGGACAUGGACUCUGUGGUACUAAAUGCUGGGCUUCGGUCAGAUUACUCUUCAGCCAUAGGAUCUGACAAAGACUGCUCUCAGUACUUCUAUGCAGAUCACUUGUCUCUCCACUACCCUUUGGAAAUUUCUGCAACCUCAGGGAGGAUGAUGUGUCACUUCAAGCUGGUGGCCCUCGUGGGCUAUCUGAUCCGACUCUCAAUUGAGUCCAUCCAACUCGAAGCCGACAACUGUGUCACUGACUCCCUGACAAUUUACGACUCCCUCUUGCCAAUCCGGAGCACCAUCUUAUACAGAAUUUGUGAACCUACAAGAACACUAAUGUCAUUUGUUUCUACAAAUAAUCUCAUGUUGGUGACACUUAAGUCUCCUUAUAUACAGAGGCUGUCAGGAAUCCGGGCAUAUUUUGAGGUCAUUCCAGAACAAAAGUGUGAAAACACAAUGUUGGUCAAAGAAAUCACUGGCUUUGAAGGGAAAAUUUCAAGUCCAUAUUACCCGAGCUACCUUCCUCCAAAUUGCAAGUGUACUUGGAAAUUUCAGACUCCCCUGUCAACUCUUGGCAUAGCAUUGAAAUUUCACAACUAUUCAAUAACUAAGAGUAUGAAAGGCUGUGAGCAUGGAUGGUGGGAAAUUAACGAGCACAUGUACUGUGGUUCCUACGUGGAUCACCAGACGAUUUUCCGAGUGCCCAGCCCUCUGGUUCACGUCCAGCUCCAGUGCAGUUCAGGGCUCUCUGACAAGCCACUCCUGGUAGAAUAUGGCAGUUACAGCAUCAGUCAACCUUGUCCUGUUGGAUCUUUUAGAUGCUCCUCCGGUUUGUGUGUCCCUCAGGCACAGCGCUGUGAUGGAGUAAAUGACUGCUUUGAUGAAAGUGAUGAACUUUUCUGUGUGACCAUCAAGCCUGCCUGCAAUGCCAGCUCCUUCUGGCAGCAUGGCCCUCUAGUGUGUGAUGGCUUCAGGGACUGUGAGAACGGCCAGGAUGAGCAGAACUGCACUCGGAGCAUUCCAUGUACCGACAGAACUUUUAAGUGUGGUAAUGAUAUUUGCUUUAGGAAACAAAAUGCAAAAUGUGAUGGCAUAGUGGAUUGUCCAGAUGGAAGUGACGAAGAUGGCUGCAGCUGCAGCAGGAGUUCCUCCUCCCUCCACCGCAUCAUCGGGGGCUCUGACUCCCAGGAAGGGGCCUGGCCGUGGCAGGUCAGCCUCCACUUUGUUGGAUCUGCCUACUGCGGUGCCUCCGUCAUCUCCAGGGAGUGGCUUCUCUCUGCAGCCCACUGUUUCCAUGGAAAUAGACUGUCGGACCCCACACCAUGGACUGCUCACCUUGGGAUGUAUGUGCAGGGGAAUGCCAAGUUUGUCUCUCCUGUGAGAAGAAUUGUGGUCCACGAGUACUAUAACAGUCAGACAUUUGACUAUGAUAUUGCUUUGCUACAGCUAAGUGUUGCUUGGCCUGAGACCCUGAAACAGCUCAUACAGCCAAUAUGCAUUCCUCCCACUGGUCAGAAAUUGCAUAGUGGGGAGAAGUGCUGGGUGACGGGCUGGGGACGAAAGCAUGAAGCAGAUAAUAAAGGCUCCCCUGUUUUGCAGCAAGCAGAGGUGGAGCUCAUUGAUCAAACCCUCUGUGUUUCCACCUAUGGGAUCAUCACUUCUCGAAUGCUUUGUGCAGGAGUAAUGUCAGGCAAGAGAGAUGCCUGCAAAGGCGAUUCAGGUGGACCUUUAUCUUGUCGAAGAAAAAGUGAUGGGAAGUGGAUUUUGACUGGCAUUGUUAGCUGGGGACAUGGAUGUGGAAGACCAAACUUUCCUGGUGUUUACACAAGGGUGUCAAACUUUGUUCCCUGGAUUCACAAAUACGUCCCUUCUCUUUUGUAA